GAGGUUGGGCUUCCCAGGUUAGAUGGUUGUGCUGUUUCCUGUCACUCCUCCUCCUCCAUUGCGAUUCCCAAGCCCGAACGGAGACCAGCUGCUGCUCCCCCAACCCCACCCCGGAGGUGAUCUGUGCAGGGGAGAAACCUUUUUCUCCCAACCCCAGUGGAGGCCUUUCUACCUUCCUGAAUCUCUGCCCAAGGGACCAGUUCCCUGGUCUCCCCAUCCUCCAAGCCCCCAGACGGAUGCCUUUAUUGCUUAUGGACGGAGCUUGUUGCCGGGUGACUUCAAAUUAAGAACAGCCGAUUCGCUUGCAGCGCCGCAAAAGCUCUGCCCCAAAGAGGGGGACGCCUAACUUUCCCAUCCCAGGAUCCAUCAACAGCUCUCCUCUCCCUUCACAAAGCCUAUAACAGUUAUGAGACAAGAAGUGUGACCUAGGGGUGGAAAUUCAUCUUUAGCAGAACCCAUACGAGAUGCCUCCCAAAAGAUCCAAAGGAAAAGUUCCUCAGACAUCAGGUCAGAAAAGACGACUGAAGGGUCAGAGGAAGUUGGAAGAGCAGCAGAAGAACCUUUUCCUGAUUGAGGGGAAGGGGAGAAUGGGCACCUCUGAGAAGAGAGUGAGGAAGCGCAAGGGCACCACUGCCCCACAGAGAACCUGCUCAGGAGAGAACCCGAACAUUUGCACUGAGUGCGGGCAGACCUUUGCACAGAGCUCAGAUCUGAUCAACCACCAGAGAAUCCACACAGGAGAGAAGCCCUAUAAAUGCUCUGACUGUGGAAAGACGUUUAGCGUCAGUUCCAACCUGAGCAGGCACCAAAGAAUCCACACAGGGGAGAAGCCAUACCUGUGCUCCGAGUGUGGGAAAAGUUUCACUGACAAGUCGACCCUGGUUCAGCACGUGCGUACCCACACGGGGGAGAAGCCCUACCAGUGUAUCGACUGCGGGAAGACCUUCAGCCGUAGUUCCCAUCACAAGCGGCAUCUGAAGAGCCCGCCAGGGAAACGGCAGGGCAAAUGCACUCACCCAGAGAGCACUCCCCCAGCCACCCCCACCAAUGCCUCGGCUCCUGGCAAAGCCAAAAAGGCCCGAGUCUCUAAAAAGCAAACCUCUCCCUUUGAAAUCCCUCACACGUGUGCAGAGUGCUGGCAGAGCUUCAACCAGACCUCAGACCUGGUCAAGCACAUGCGCAUCCACACCGGCGAGAAGCCCUUUGAGUGCAACCACUGUGGGAAGUGCUUCAACGUCAGCUCCAACCUUAUCCGGCACAAGAGAAUCCACACGGGGGAGAAGCCCUACACCUGCUCCGACUGCGGGAAGAGCUUCACCGACAAGUCCACCCUCACCCAGCAUAACCGCAUCCACACGGGGGAGAAACCCUAUACGUGCACGUACUGCGGGAAGAGCUUCAGCCGCAGCUCCCACCACAAGAGGCACCAGCGGAUCCAUGCAGGAGAAAACCCAGUCUCUUUUCUGCCCAUGUGGCCUUACCCAAACCAAAUGUACUGAGACUGUGCAUCAUUGGGUGGGACAGAAUUUCCAGUGGAUCUCUAAGCCCCAGCUGUGACCACGCAUCACCCAGACACUUCCCAAGUUUUAAUAAAUUUUUGACCUUCA